AUGAGGUAUCAAUGUUUAGAACUGACGGCAGACCAACUGGAUAUGCUUAUCCUCGGUAGACUAGAUGGACAUACCAAAGAAAGGGCUGGUAUGAAGCGAUCCCGCUCAAACUACUUUCUGAGAGGUCAUCAAGUUUGCAGGAAAACCUUUUUGUUUGUUCACUGCAUAUCGAAAAAGAGACUUUUCAACCUGAAAUGUCACUUAAGAAAUAAUGGUCUUGUCCCCUGUGUCCACGGCAACCAAAAAUCCUCGCCACACAACAGAACUCCACACUCUUCCCUUCAACAUGUUGUCAGCUUCAUAGAAAAUUACUCUCAAAGAGAAGGCCUCUCAUUGCCAGGUAGAGUUCCGGGCUACAAAAGCUUUCGAAUCAAGCUUCUUCCAACCUCCACGACAAAAGCAGAGCUAUGGAGAUCUUAUAAAGAAGCAGCUGAAGCGGCAGGAUUUACAGUUGUGGGUUACACCAAAUUUGUCCAAACAUGGAACGAAUUCCUUCCAUUCAUAAAAAUAAUGCAGCCGUCUACUGAUCUUUGCCACACCUGCCAGAAAAAUACUGAAAAAAUAUCAGGGCGUCCUGGAGCUUCAGAAGAGGACAAAAUUGCAGCCGUAGAGGCUCAUUCAGAUCACCUUAGGAAAGCAAAACGCGAACGAGAGAUUUACAAUUCAGCGGUUGAUAAUAGCAAAGAUUUUCUCAAGGGUCAUUCAACGGUUUCAUUUCUCUCCCCCAGUCAACCUUGUUCUUUGCAAGGAACUGUGCAUUAUUCCUUUGAUUACGCCCAGCAAGUGCACUAUCCGACCAAUCCUCAACAACCGGGUCCCAUUUACUUCAAAACACCGAGAAAAUGUGGCAUAUUUGGCAUUUGCUGUGAAUCGAUACCCCGGCAGAUUAAUUAUUUCAUUGAUGAAUCAGUUGCCACUGGAAAAGGAGCAAAUGCUACGAUCAGCUACGUUCAUGAUUUUCUUGAAAAGCAUGGAGCCGGAGAAACAAAUGUUCACUUCCACACAGACAACUGUGGUUGGCCAGAACAAGAAUAA